AAUUAUGACUAAAAAUGAUUUAUUUAACAUUAGUACACUUCUUUGGUCAUUACAAUUUUAUUUUUGUUUUUGUACAAUGACUUUGAUACCUGUGGCCCAGUAGAGGCUAGUCCUACACAAUUUCAGAUCUCAGGCUAUGAUCUUCCUGCCAUGCUUAGUUUCUCUGGUGUAUUGACUACAGACUAAUUUCAUGUUUUGGCUAACCCCAUAUGUUAAUUUCCCUGAUGGAUUACUGGAUGGGUUUGCAUCUUGCAUACUUCCCAACACUGAAAUGCCAGCUUCCUACAUCCUUUUCUCCUGGGCACUUCUCAUCAAGAUUAAGCCACUGCCAGAGGCUAAAAGAAUGGAAAUUCUGCAUAAAUGCAAGUUAUCCAAUAUGAACAGCAGCGGAAGCCCAGUUCCUAUGGGAAUGUCAACAGCCGAGUUUCUCACAUUUGUUGCUUCCAGUGCCACAAAUGGAAACAAAUCUGGAACUGUAAGCAUGUUGCAGAAGAUAGCUCCCAGCAAUUUCAGUGCACAUGAGCAAAGAAUUUUCUUGGAGACUCCAAAAGCACAAGCGAUCUCUGGCAUUUGUGUUUGGGCAGCGCUAAUCGUAACAUUUCAUCAGAUUUAUCUGCAUCUCCGACACUACAGCAGGCCCAAUGAGCAGCGAUACAUUCUCCGAAUCCUUUUCAUUGUUCCCAUCUACUCCUUCGACUCCUGGCUUAGCCUGCUGUUAAUCAGCAAUGAUCAGUACUACGUUUACUUUGACUCUGUGCGAGAUUGUUACGAAGCCUUUGUGAUUUACAACUUCCUCAGCCUGUGCUACGAGUACCUGGGAGGAGAGAGCGCGAUUAUGUCAGAAAUCAGAGGGAAACCCAUUAAGACUAGUUGUUUGUAUGGAACGUGCUGCCUGGUGGGUAUGACCUACUCCAUUGGAUUUUUGCGGUUUUGUAAACAGGCCACUCUACAGUUCUGUGUGAUCAAACCCCUGAUGGCUGCCAUCACCAUUAUCCUACAAGUCUAUGGCAAAUAUCACGAUGGAGACUUUGAUGUGAGAAGUGGAUACCUAUAUAUCACCAUUAUUUAUAACAUCUCUGUCAGCUUGGCACUUUAUGCACUGUUCCUCUUUUACUUCACUACCAGUGAGCUCCUCAGCCCAUUUGAUCCUGUCCUGAAAUUUCUGACAGUGAAGUCAGUAAUUUUUCUCUCAUUUUGGCAGGGAAUGUUGCUGGCAAUUUUGGAGAGAUGUGGAAUAAUCCCAGAAGUGCAGAUUAUUGACGGCCACGAAGUCAGGGCAGGGACGGUAGCUGCGGGCUACCAGAAUUUUAUCAUCUGCAUCGAGAUGCUCUUUGCUGCCAUUGCCCUUCGCUUUGCCUAUCCUUCCCAAGUGUAUUCUGAACAGGAUGGGAUGACACAAGAUAACGCAGUCCCCAUGCAGAGCAUAUCCAGCGGGCUGAAAGAGACCAUGAAUCCCAACGACAUUGUGCAGGACGCCAUCCACAACUUCUCCCCAGCGUACCAGCAGUACACACAGCAGUCGACCAAGGAUGAGGUGAUGCCCAGGCACAAUGGGCAGGUCCUGACUCAGGCAUCCAACCACCCUGUGGGCCGACGAAAGAAAGGCGAGAAGACCAUCCUCAUCAAUUCAGAGGAUGAGCUGUAGACUUUGUGAUUGC